CCUUUUGCAGCGCGAAAACCUCGAUGGGAGGUCCCAGUUUGAUUCCUGUAAAUCUGGUAGUCAUCUUGCAAGCGGUGACAGCUGCAAGGUGCAACGGGUACCGGUGAGAGCGUGAAUGAAUAAGGAGUGUCGUAGGCGCGGAAAUUAAAAUCCACGUUCAAGUUCGAGGCCGGGACGUGCGAAUAGGGAGUAGGUAUACGCGAAGGGAGAGUGGUCUUGCAAAUGUGUCGGGAAACGUAGCCGCGCAAGCGCAAGAAUGCUCGUAUUCCCGUGAUUUGCGCCGAUUAGACACAGUGCUCUACUACAAUGUACGGUCUCCCUAUAUAUAUACACCCGGAUUUUUUACACCAUCGUACCGAUUGACGUAAGAGGACAAGUGGCAAUUUCGCAAGGAGAUCAUACGUUUUGUUUUUCACCUUGCGCAGUGAUUCUCAAACGCUUUAUUUUUUAUUUUCAAGUUAUUGCUUUUCUCUUUUUUAAGCUAAAUACAUAUGUAUUUGUUUGAUUUCGUGCAUAAAUAUUCACGUAGUUGCAUAAUGCGCGGAAGUUUAUCGACGCAACUGUCAAGUAACAGCUGACAGCUCAAAAAUGUGUGAAAAUUAGUCCGCUAUCCGAACAGACUUAAGGUUUAUUCAGCAUAAGGAAAAUCAACCAAUCACGCAACUGGAAGCCGAAGGGUGUUUCAUUCUGUUCCGUGAUUGGCUCUCGAGGUAUUCACUCCCGUUAACAACAAUCCGCUUCUAUCUACUUUACGAAAAUAUAACGUAGUACAUAUUCGAGCGGAUCGGAUUUUUUUUACCUCGUAUCAUGAUUCCGAAGGAUCGACGCGCGAAGACGUUUGUUUGAUGGAUAAUUAUUUCUUUAAGUCUUAAGUACGUGUACUGAUAUUCGCUGACUUCAGCACCUUUGUGAAUGCUGGACGACGAGAGACAACUCUGUGCCAAUAAAUGAGCUUGCAGGACAGUCUGUUUUCCGAGGAUGUCGAAUACGACGUAACCGUCUUCGCGAGGGACAAGACACGCAAAAGAGCGCUCGUCUUCCCACCCGUCAACAACUAUCGUCGUUUCAUAAUACACCAGCUGGUGCAGGAUCGUUUCCCGGACUUGUUGCACACCUUCUCCAUCGGCCAGGGCUCGGCUAGACGUACCGUGGUAUGCUACAAGAGCGACGUAAGAAGGGAUUGGGAGCCAAAGCCGAAUGCUCCUGAGUGCAAAACGAGCCUUGGAACAAAACGAAAGGACAGGACUCGCGAGAUGGAAGACCGACAAUCGCCCUCCAUGUCUCCAGAAUGCAAGCAGUUGCAGCGACAAGCUAAAUCAGCACCAACGAUCGAGAUUUAUCGGCCACCGGCAGCUAGGAGAGCUAACAAUUGCUCCCAAAUAAAUGGGACACAGACGCAGUCGCCGUCAAAUAGUGCAGAUACUUCUUCUGUCAAGAAUGUGCGACAGAGACGACCCGAUCGAGCGGUUUACGUACCUAGACAUCGAAGAAGCCUGGAGGAGAGGAUAUCGCGAAAUUCUAAAGAUUCUCCCGCAGAUCAGACGACGUUAAACGAAGAUCCGAAUACAAAUAAUAAUUCUAGACUGCAAAAUACAUGUUGUGUUCGACAAGGUAUAAGCGGUGAUCCGAAUUUAGACAAUCGAAUCUUCAGCAGUGGUGAUAUGGAAAUCGCAAAUAGUCACUUUCCGCGAAAAAUUGUAGAAAAUGCAGUGGUUACCUUGGAUUCUAAAAUCCCCGACACACAUGGUGAUACUAAGUAUAAUACGCAUAAACUGUUGGAAGAAGAAGUGAAAGAAGAUGCGCAAGUUUUAUCAGAAGAGAAGGAAAUUAUCGUGGCUGAUAACCUUAAUGAAAAUAGCGCUAAUUUUAAUGUAUCAAAAUCAACCGAUAAAGUCGAAUCGAUUAACGACGAACCAAUAAAAAUGACACAAGCAACUGUAAAAGAAGAAGACCGGUCUUUACUGCAACAUUUAGAUUGUAACAAUAUAGUAGAUGAUAAAAAUAGGCAAUUAGUUGAACAGAACGUAAUAUCGGAUGUUUUGAUAAUUUCUGAUAAUAUGCGAAAAAAAUCGGAACGAUCCGAGCAAGCAUCUCCAAUUCUCGUAAUACCACCUGAGAAAAAAGUGAAGAAGAUAGAGAGACAAAAGAGCAAACCGGUCCCGCCACCAUCUCCACCUAUAAAAAUAAGUCGAGACGAAUGCGAUUGGGACAGUUUAUUCGACGAUAAUGGCGAUUGUCUGGAUCCAACGUUGAUAGAAGAGCUUUCGUCAGCGGUAGGCGAAGUGACGAUAGAACAACCAAAAAACGAUUACAAGGCGUACACCAAACAGGUCGAAGUGUCCAGUGAUGAGUUUGCGCACGUUGUGGAAAUUUACAAUUUUCCUUCCGAAUUCAAAACUUGUGAUUUGGCGGCUGCCUUCAGUUCUUUCAAGAACGGUGGCUUUGAAUUAAAGUGGGUAGACGAUACCCACUGUUUAGGAGUUUUCAGCAGUCCUCUCGUUGCUGCUGAAGUAUUAGCGUCGAAUCAUCCGUUUGUGAAAACGAGGCCGCUUAGCGAAGCCACCGCUUUGAGUAAAACGAAAGCUAGAAGAACCGCAGAAUUUUUGCAGCCUUAUAGAAAUCGACCCGAAACGUGUGCUGCUUUAGCAAAGAGAUUAGUUACAGGCGCGUUAGGCGUGAAACUCGCUACAGCCAGACAAGAACGUGAACACGAGAAGAAUGUAUUGCGUGAAGCAAAAGAGAAAAGACGAUUGGCCAAUAAGCAACGAGAGGAUGUCUGGGAAGGCAUAAUACCAGCGAAGUAACAUUACGCAUCAUUAAUGCGUAUUUACAGGGAUCGUUUAUACCUCGUCGUAUUACUAUGCACUUGAGACUACAUAGUUUGUGUAACUCGCAUUGCAAAGUUUGCAUAAUGUUGGGUUUUUUCCAAGCAAGAACACUACAUUACACCGUGUUACACGUAUACAUCAAGGUAUUUGCUGGAAUGAUUAAAAUUCUAAAUUUAGUUUCCGAGAGAAUUAUCAGAGCAUUGCAGUUUUUCGUUUUUAUUGUUACAAGUAUAAACAAGUAUAACAAAUGUUAUUGCUGCAUUCUAUCCUAUUGGAUAUUUUUAUUUUUUCAAUAAAACAUAUCAAUAAAGGAAGAAAAGAAGAUAGUAAUGGACCAUCAUUGUAACACUAAAGGAAUAUUCAUGUACAUAUUAAUAUCUUUAAUUAUUAAUAUGUUAGUAAUAAUAAAUUUU